CAGUGAGAUACGAUUAGUCAAACAUUUAUUUACACUGGUGCAGUGUUGUGACUAUGUUGGUUGUAUUUUGUUUUUGAAUUUAUAUAUAGCAUGUUCAUUGUUUUGAAUUAUAUCUCGUUCGUUUAUUUCAAUUGAAUCUCAAGGUUUAUGUGACGCAUCAUAUACCAGGAUAUCAUAAUGUAUGAAUGCUUCCUUGAGAUAGCGUUCGAGGCUGAACUGAAUACAAAAGAAGACCCCGAGCUGCUUGAACUAGCACCCGAACUAUGCAACGAGGACGCGUCCACCAGGGCCACGGCCGUCACAAAUCUCAGGAACAUGAUUUUCGAAAGAGCAGAAUGCAAACCUCAUCGGACAGAUGACGCGUUCCUCCUGAGGUUUCUCCGAGCGAGAGACUUCAUAGUACCAAGAGCGCAUAAACUCCUAGUACGCUAUUACACGUUCCGGGCGGAAUAUCCCCAUUUGUAUAAAGACGUCGAUCUGUGGGGCUUGAUGAAGGUCAAAAGUGCUUACGAGGGCUCUAUGGUGGACCGACCCGAUAUAGGAAGACUCUCUAUCUUCAGAUUUGGAACAUGGGAUCCUAACGAGUUUCCAGUAGACGAUCUGAUUCGAACAGGGAUGGCCAUCACUGAAAUAGGUAUCCGUCAGCCCAAGUUACAGAUCAUGGGCGGAACAGUUAUCGUUGAUUUGGAAGGAAUAACACUCCGACACGCCGCAACCCUGACUCCGACCAUAGCGUAUCAGAUAGUCUGUUUAAUGGGGCUGGUAACACCGACCCGUAUUAAAAGCGUUCACAUCAUUAACUACUCCUGGGUUCUCAACACAUUCUUCUACCUCUUCAAGAAGUUCAUACCUCAAGAGGCCUGGAGUAAGAUUAUCUUCCACGGCAGUGACUUGAAAUCCCUUCAGCAACAAAUCGACCCAGAAUGCCUUCCAGCCAGAUAUGGCGGUACGUGUAGAAAUCAUGUCCCGAUCGGCGUCUGGUUGCAGAAAAUCAAAAAAUAUCGUGACGAACAAUUCGAUAAAGAAAUGAAAGCGCUCGGAUACGUCGUCAAAGAGUGAUUCAUUUAGCUUCUAAUGCUAUUUAAAUGUGAUAUUAUUGUGGUAUUGAUUUGUAUAUAAGGGCAUUACGUAACGAGUUGGUAACCACUCGAUGCUGACUGCUUCUCAAGGUAUUUUUAAUGUUUAAAUUUUUUUAUAUUUGAUAAAAAUACAUUUAUUUA